ACUUCCGUCUGAGUCCCGCCCCUGGAACUGCGCCGCGGCCUCGCGCACGCGCUCUCCGGUCUUCCUUGACCUCUGACCCACCGGCCGCUCAGGAGCUGGUCCCGGGGUCGGGAAGCGGCACCCGUGCCCCUGAGGUGGAGCUGCCGCCAUGGCCAAGUACCUGGCCCAGAUCAUUGUGAUGGGUGUGCAGGUGGUGGGCAGAGCCUUUGCCCGGGCCCUGAGGCAGGAGUUUGCAGCAAGCCAGGCAGCUGCUGAUGCUCGGGGUCGUGCUGGGCACCAGUCUGCAGCCGCAUCCAACCUCUCUGGCCUCAGCCUCCAGGAGGCCCAGCAGAUUCUCAACAUCUCCAAGCUGAACCCUGAGGAGGUCCAGAAGAAUUAUGAACACCUAUUUAAAGUGAACGAUAAAUCCGUGGGUGGCUCCUUCUACUUGCAGUCAAAGGUUGUCCGUGCAAAGGAACGCCUAGAUGAGGAACUCCGAAUACAAGCCCAGGAAGACAAAAAGAAAGGGCAGAUGCCCAAAACGUGACUGCUGGGCACACCCCACCCCACCCAUUGCCUCAUAAUUUAUAGCUUGGUAAUAAAUGUCUUUUCCAUGUU